UUGAUUUUAACUUAAAAUAUAAAUUAAGUAUUGAAAAAGACAAGGAGAAAGAAUGGGAAAGAUGAGAGGUUUUAGAGGGGAAGAGACGAAAGGGUACAGAGACUUGUGGUGGGUCUUUUUAAAGCUUUCAACAUUAUAUGCAUGAUUCUCAUCAAUGUUACCAAAUUUUUUUUUUGCAUCUUCUUGUAUUUAUUUUAGUAGUAAUCUUUCAAUCAUUUUUCAGUUGCAAUAAAUAUAGUUUGUUAAUUUUGACUGAAUCAAAAUAAAAAUAUGUGAAUCAUGCAUAUAAUUAGUGGUAUUUUUACAAUAGAACGAACAGACUAAUUGUAUUCUACGAAUAGACUAAUUGUAUUUUUACAACACCCUUCCCAAAGACUCAUAUAUUCUUCAAAUAAGGGUAUCACUAUCAAAUUAGAUUAUCCCUUUGUGCACUUCACGUUUCCUCAUUAAUAUUAUGCUUCAAAGUUGCAUAUUAUAUAUAUGCCGUUGAGUCUUUCUCAAAACGAUAGAGACAUUAGACAUACAUAUAUUCUAGCAGACAAAAGAAAAUCAAGCUUAUCAAAUGUUCGGAGGUAUAUGCAGCAUAAUAUAUAUACGCAUGGGUAAUACUUUAUACACAAUAACUCGUUAGCGAGAAUUGAUAUGUAACAACAAAUAAGUUGGUCAUUUAGUUUUCUAGCAUAUGUUGGUCAGAAAGAAUGGUAGGAAUUUAUAUACUAAUAAAUGUCAACAAUAUGACAUAAAACUCUAGAAAUGUGGUGGCAAGGUAAGCAAAAAAAAAAUUGAUAUAAGAGGGAUGGCAUGUCAAUUGCCAAGCAGUUACAUGAUUUUAUUGGUCAGAACUCAAAAGUCAACAUUUGUCUUACUUAAUUUUGUUUUGUUUAUAUUUCAAAUCAAGAGCAACAUUAGAUUAUAUAAAAGUUUUCUUGUAUGUUUAGCCUAUCGAUUUAUAACAUUUCAUAUCUCUGACCAUCAAUAACGUUUCCUGUUAAUUCUAGUUAACUAAUCACCAUUCCAACUUUCUUUCGAAAACAUGAGUAGUACAUAAACAAAACAAAUCAAUUGUGCUUUUGGGUCAUUUUCCUCAUGGGCCAUGUUACCAAACCAGAUCAGUAAUCAACUAAUCAUCCCUCAUAGCCCAUCAGCUUUCAUCUUCUUCAUUAUCAUUAUCAUCGUCAUAACCACCACCACCACCACUACCUCCAUGAAAAUCGCAAAAAGUCAGCGUUUAAUCAGCGGAGGAAAAUGGCGAUGCAUCAAUGAUACAUUAUAAUUCGUGUGGAGUUUGUAAUUGAUAGCGGAAGUAUAUCACACGACCCAUUGAGCCAAACAUCCCAAGGUUUUUACAUAUCAAACGCUUUCCCACUUCACAUUCACACUUCCCCAAUUAGCAUUCCAUGUUUGUGGUUUAAUUAACCUAGAAGCCAGUCGAUUUUAUAUUGAAUUAGUGUUAGAAAACGUUUCUAAUGAAAAUGAAGUAAAAACAAACUAAAUAUAGACCAAUCACAGAAAUAAAAAGAAUAUAACAAAAGCCAAACUCCAACCACACGUACAUGCUUCUAUUUUUCACCGAUAACAAUUCAAUAAAGCAGUCUACCUCGUAGACGUCUCUCUACAUUUCAAUUCCAUCUCCAUAUUCUACAAACAAUAAUUGUUUUGUAAAUCGAUAUAAGUCUCGUGAAAUACACGAUGUCUUUGUAUAUUCCCGUUCUCUUCCUAGUCCUAGUCUUUGUCCCGUCUAUAAAUUCGGCACCACCGCCAAAUUUAACAAAAGAUUAUUACCAAAAAACAUGUCCCGAUUUCAGUAAAAUCGUACGUGAAACAGUUACACCAAAGCAAGGCCAGCAGCCAACGACAGCUGCUGGAACACUCCGUCUCUUUUUCCAUGAUUGUUUCAUGGAAGGAUGUGAUGCUUCCGUCCUUAUCGCUACAAAUUCUUUCAACAAAGCCGAACGCGACGAUGAUCUCAACGAGUCUCUUCCGGGAGAUGCAUUCGACAUUGUGACUCGCAUCAAAACCGCUCUUGAAUUGUCUUGUCCCGGGGUGGUGUCUUGCGCAGACAUCCUGGCUCAAGCCACACGUGACCUUGUCACAAUGGUUGGUGGGCCUUUCUAUGAAGUCAAAUUGGGCCGUAAAGAUGGUUUUGAGUCGAAAGCUCAUAAAGUCAAAGGAAAUUUACCUUUAGCGAACCAAUCUGUCCCUGACAUGUUAUCGAUAUUCAAGAAGAAUGGUUUCACUCUAAAGGAGCUGGUUGCGUUAAGUGGCGGGCACACAAUCGGAUUCUCACACUGCAAAGAAUUCAGCAACCGGAUAUUCCCGAAGGUUGAUCCAGAACUCAACCCGAAAUUCGCAGGCGUUCUUAAAGAUCUAUGCAAGAAUUUCGAGACCAAUAAGACGAUGGCAGCGUUUCUCGAUCCGGUGACACCAGGAAAAUUCGAUAAUAUGUAUUUCAAGAACUUGAAACGAGGUCUUGGAUUGUUAGCUUCCGACCAUAUCUUGUUUAAAGACAGUAGCACGAGACCGUUUGUGGAAUUAUAUGCGAAUAAUCAGACGGCUUUCUUCGAAGAUUUUGCACGGGCUAUGGAGAAACUAGGCACGGUUGGUGUUAAAGGCGAAAAAGAUGGAGAGGUAAGACGUAGAUGUGAUCACUUCAACAACCUUAACGUAUAGGUAGCAUAAACAGAAUAACAUCAUUGAGUUCGUUUUUUUUUUGAAUCUUUGUAUAUUUUUAUUUUUAAUAAAUGUAUUUAUAAGUAAGUUAAUGUAACAAUUUUGAGGAGCUAAAAUUCACUAAUAAUUUUUGUUAUAUAAGAAUUAAGAAGUAUUAGAUGUUAUUGUAGAGGAGAAUACAAAAUUCAAGUUCUUGAUUUAUCCCCCAUCAUCUUCUUCUUUAAAAUGAUCUCAUGGACACGAGACCGUCCGAGAAAACGAGUGUUGUUGGCGACGACUAUAGUCCGAAUUAAAUUAUUUCACGGUUCAACAUAAGGCCUUUCACCAGUAAUUAUUUUUCUUCAUUUGGUAUAAGAUUGUGAUAUUUGCUUUAUAGAAAUAGCCUGACUUAUUUACAAUUCAAAUUUUCUCUUUGGUAUACAUCUAAGUAUU